AUGUACAUCACUCCGCCUUUACUCGUUCUAAUCCUUCGUUUCUCCUUCGGGCACACUAUCGAUCCCGCAAUGCAUUACUCGAAUGCUGGGCCAGGAGGCCCCCCUUCGCAAGAAGCAAGUUUACAUUCUCAGUACACGAAUCAAGAGGAUUGGCACAGACCUCUCAAAAAUCAAGCUCACAAUGACUCUGCCAGGCAGCUGCUCGAAGAUACCAGCGUACCUUGUUCUCCAACCAGCACCGAUGUUUCGUGUCAUUCUUUCUCGUUGUCAGACAUCUAUCGUUAUCGGCAUCAGCGAUCCGUGAAUCUUGGCUCAUGGUUCGUCUCAGAAGAAUGGAUGGUACCCUCUCUCUUCAAUUCUGCUAGUGGACCCAAGACAGCCGAGAUCGACGUUGCUUCUGGUUUCAAUGCUCAGUCUAUCCUCGAAAAUCACUGGGAUACUUUUAUCACUAAAACUGAUUUUGACUACCUGGCAAGCAUUGGGAUCAACACUGUCCGUCUUCCAAUAGGAUAUUGGUCCCUUGGACCUGCUUUUUGCCUAGAUACGCCAUUCCAAGGAGUAUCUCAAGUUUAUGGAGGUUCCUGGGCUCGAGUAAUGCGCGCUAUCGAAAUGGCGGGGAAAGCUGGCCUAGGUGUUCUUGUGGAUCUGCACGGGGCGGUGGGCAGUCAAAACGGCCAGGCUCAUUCUGGCAUCUCGGAUGGACACAUUAGCUUCUUUGAGAAUACAGCCAAUAUGGACAAGACGAUUAACGCUCUUGUUUUCUUGAUGGAGCAACUCGUCCACCUACCUAAUGUUAUAGGUAUUCAAAUCCUCAACGAACCCCAGGAUGACCCACUGCUGUGCGAUUUUUAUACCGAAGCUAUCUCUAGAAUGAGAGCUGUUUCUCCUGAAGCGUCUAACUUUCCUCUCUAUAUCCAUAACGCCUUCAAUCUUCCGAAGUUUACAAGCUGGGUCGCCGAUAGGACCGACUUCGUCGUUCAAGAUCACCAUUCUUACUUCGUGUUCACACCUUCCGACGCCGCUAAGCCUGCCUCGCAGCAUACUUCCGAUGUCAAUUCUCGUGUUUCUAGUGAACUCGGCAGCCCUGUGCCACGGCACAAUUUAGUGGUUGAUGAGUGGUCGUGUGCUCUCACUUCUCAAAGCCUCGAGCCAGAAGAACAGAAAGAACAGUCCAUCCGGGAGUUCUGUCAAGCACAGAUGGACGUCUACGGUAAAAUGACUCCUGGCUGGGCCUUCUGGUCAUUGAAGACAGAAGAUUGUGAACAAGAUCCCGCUUGGUGUUUCUACUCCGCAGUGAAAAAAGGAGUGCUCCCUCCUCAAUUCUUUUCGUAUAACGUUUCCAACCCUUCGUUCUUCUUGAAAAGCCAUGGGCAGCGGGUUCUCCCUUCAAACUCGAGUUUUGCUCCUUUAUUUCCAUACAUUCCUGCUGACCUGCCUCAAAGUAUCCUUGACUAUCUUACCGAUGUCCAUGAUCCAAUCUCGGUCCCCAGUUCCCCUGAAGACAAGGGAUUUUCGGAAGGAUUCAAGACAGCGAAAUUUUUCGCGCUGCAUGAACUCUCAAAACUUGGUUUUGUCGGACAAUAUAUCAAUGACAUCUUGAAGUCCGGUCGGGCUGGUAUUGACACAACAAAUGAGGGUGAUUGUUUACGUUACCAGGACGCAUUCCUUCGGGGUUUGAAACGGGGCGAGGAGCAGAUAGCACAAUUCAUUGUAACCUAUAAUUUAUGA